AUGGAUCAUGAAAAGUCUACCUCUUGUUGCUGCGUUCUUGAUGCUUCCACUUAUGUUGGUUUCUGGAUUCUCAAGAAAUUGCUUAGCAGAGGAUACUCUGUUCACGCAGCCAUUCGUAAAAACGGAGAGAGUGAAAUCGAGAAGAAGAUCAGAGAGAUGGAAGCAACAGAAGCGAGAUUAGUUGUGUAUGAUGUAGAUGUAUUGGAUUAUCAAACCAUAGUUGUCUCUCUCAAGAACUGUAACGCUGUGUUCUGUUGUUUAGAUAGCCCUGAAGGGUACGAUGAGAAGGAAGUGGAUUUGGAAGUGAGAGGAGCGAUCAAUGUAGUUGAGGCAUGUGGAAGAACAGAGAGUAUAGAGAAGAUUGUGUUUUCAUCUUCUUUGACUGCUUCGAUUUGGAGAGAUAACAUUGGAACUCAGAAAGAUGUUGAUGAAAAGUGUUGGAGUGAUCAAGACUUUUGUCGCAACAAGAAGUUGUGGCACGCAUUGGCAAAGAUGUUGUCUGAGAAAGCAGCUUGGGCACUAGCCAUGGACCGUAGGAUCAACAUGGUCUCUAUCAACCCUGGUCUCAUCGUAGGUCCAUUUGUCGCACAACACAACCCUAGACCCACCAUGUCCUACCUCAAAGGAGCUGCACAAAUGUAUGAGAAUGGUGUAUUGGCGUACGUAGACGUUAAGUUUUUGGCUGAGGUUCAUAUUCGAGCAUUUGAAGAUGUUUCAGCUUGUGGUAGAUAUUUCUGUUUCAAUCAAAUUGUUAACACAGAAGAAGAAGCUCUCAAGCUUGUUGAGAGUUUGUCUCCUUUGAUACCUAUGCCUCCGAGGUAUGAGAAUGAGAUGCAAGGAAGUGAAGUUUACGAAGAAAGAUUGAGGAACAAUAAAUUGAGCAAGCUGGUAGAAGCUGGCUCUGCUUGUUAA